UGAGGGACGGACCAAACAUGGCGGCCCCCAAGGAAUGAUUCAUGCUGCCUGUUGACACCGGUCCAUCCUGCUUCUUGUCGCUGUCUUCAUAGUAGACUUCAGUCAUGUUCGCCAAGCCCUUCAAAGUGAAGUCCAACACGGUCAUGAAAGGCUCGGACAGGAGAAAGCUGCGAGCCGAUGCCGGCUCAUCGUUCCCUGCACUGAGCCCUGACAACCUGUCUGACCUAAUGCCGCCCAAAGAAGAGCUGAAUGUUGUAAAGGUGUACGCUCACAAGGGCGAGUCCCUGUCCAUCUACGUCCACAGCAAGAAUCCCAUCUGGUUUGAGUUGGAGAGAAAUCUUUAUCCGACAGUGUACACUCUAUGGACCUUCCCAGAUCUUCUCCCCGCUUUUACCACUUGGCCACCGGUACUUGAAAAAAUGGCUGGAGGAGCAGAUCUGAUGCUGCCAGGAGUUGUGGUGCCAUCUACAGGUCUCCCAGAGGUACUGCAGGGCCAACUGUGUGCAGUCAAUUUAGUGGGGAGCAGGGCUCCUGUAGCAGUUGGUGUGGCCACUAUGUCUACAAGAGAGAUGUUGGCAUCCGGAAUGAAGGGCAAAGGUGUCAAUAUUUUACACACGUACAAAGAUCAGUUGUGGGCUUCUGGUGACAAAUCAGGCCCUCCAGUCAUUACUGCGGUCAUUACUCCCAUGGAGACAGAGGCUGCACGUGAAGGAGAGCAGGAGGAACAGUUAGUCUCUCACAAUUCGGUAUUCGAAACAUCCAUACCUGAAACACAACUGGAAAAUUUGUACCUGGUUGAAGUAGCAGCUGAAGCAUGUCACAAGGGUGAAGACCUGGCAGCAGAUGAGAGACAUGAAACACAGGACUCUGAAGAUUGUCACCAAUCUCCACAAGAGGUCAUGGACAACUUACUCAAUCAGUGCUUCUUCCAUGCUUUGAAGUUCAAGGUGAAGAAGUCAGACCUUCCACUGCUUACCAGCACCUUCCUAAGAAAUUACCUUUUCUCCUGUUGCCCUGAAGGACAGCAAGUGGAUAUUAAGAAGUCCAGUUACAAAAAGCUCUCCAAGUUCUUACAGGUUAUGCAGCAGCGUAAGAUUCUGCAGGUAAAGGAGCUCAGUAAAGGAGUGGAGAGUAUCGUGGCGGUGGACUGGAAGCACCCAGACAUCAGGUCUUAUGUUGCCUCAGUUUCAGAGCCACCUGCAGAAGACAUGGAUGGUGGAGCAGAGCAUUUGUAUCAACCACCUGAAAUUCUCACUCUGUAUGGAAUUUCUGCCAAGAUGUUGCCUCUGUUCCAGGAAUCGGGCCACAGGAAAGGUGACCUCCUAACUCAGAGCGAUGUCAGAAGUAUGAUCAUCUCUUAUGUCAAGACUAAUGAACUUGUCCACCCUGGAAACAAAAACUUUGUGACGGUUAACCCUGUGAUAUGCGACUGCUUGCUGGAUAAAUCUGAGCAGCAUGACAUUACUUUUCUCAAGUGGGACGACAUGGUCACAAGGUGUCUAGAAAGAAUGCAGCAUUCAUAUCAAGUCACCUUCCCCGGGUGCUCUCCUGUUAUUCGGAAGGGCAACAUUGAGCACAUUGACAUCAGCGUGGCACAAAGGGGUUCAAACAAAAAGGUAACAAUGAUUAAGAACCUGGAGUCGUACGGCUUGGAUCCCUCAUCCUUUGCCAGCUUGUUACAGCAAAGAGUUCAAGCCAGUGCCACCUGCGCCGCACUGCCAGGAGCAAAAGACAGAGUCCAGGUGCAGAUUCAGGGGAACCAGGUGUCACAAAUAGGGAAGCUGCUGCUAGAGCAUUUCAAGAUUCCUCGGAAGUAUGUGAAUGGAUUAGACCUGUCAGCUAAAUCCAGCAAGAAGAAAUGAAAUAAACCCAUUCCCUAUUA